UUGAACAUGGUAACAUAUUAUCUUCAUUGUCUUCGUCAUAAUCAUAUUUUUAUCGUCACCAUUGUCGUCGUUGUCAUCACCAUCAUCACUCAUCAUUUAUAAAUAAAUAAUUAAAUAAUUAAUAAUACUGUAGUUUGUUUAUGGUCCACAAGAAAAGAUUUAAAAUUAUUCACUGGAAGCAACUUUUUGUCUUUAAGAUGUCGUGUUAACUUAAGGAUCUUAAGCAAUUCAAUCGAUGCUUAUUUACUCAACCAUUCACAUUCAUGCUCGCUUACCCAACGUGUUUCUCGGCAACAACGUGAUGACAAUUGAUUGGACACACAACACAAUGCGUAGUGUAAACGCACCGGAGCGCACGUAACGAUUUCUUUUGUUUCGUAGAGUUCAGUUCACGCCAUGCGUAUGAUGUUUGCAAAUGAUAAAUAUUUGCAAAUACAACAGUACAAAGCGGAUGUUCCGUUUGUUUCCGACUAUUUAUAUUUAAAUAUUGUCACAUUAAAACGGGACAUUGUAUUUUGAAUGUAAGAGUACUGGAAUUCAAGGCCUCGUUUGGAGGCUUAGUUUUCAUCCACAAUUUAUGCGACAUCUGGGUUCGAUGGUAGUGACGAUCAGUUUAUAGACAUAUUCAUCAAUUGUAAUGUAAAUCGAUUUUUGCAAAAGAAUCCUUCGGAAAUAUGCAUUAGUCUAUUUUUAUAGGCCUGGAUAAUUUUUCUUAUAAACAAGUAUAUGCUUGUAUAAUAAGAACGUUGAUAAUGGAUUUAGAAAAAACGACGUUUGCAGUUCGGAUCAAAAUGACGUUUUUUUUGGCUAUCCUACCGGUUUGCUUCAUGAAUACUUAUGCAGCAUCAGUACUGGAAGGGCCAAGUAAUUCCACGGCUAAACAAGGUUAUACAGUCGUGCUCAAAUGCAAGGUAGAUAGUCUAGAUGAAUCGUCAGGACAGGCCGUCGCUUGGGAACACGACGGUAAGCCCAAUCCUACCCUCAGUCACGGCACAAAAAUUGUUCGCGAGGGAAAGAUGGACAGGUUCUCGAUCGUAGGAAAUGUAACCGCUGGUGAAUACAAUCUUCAAAUAAAUCCUGUACUUGCUGAAGAUAGAGGAGAAUAUUCAUGCUCUGUUUUCCGAGGUGAUGCAACUGGUAAAUCUGCAAUUUUGACAGUGCUGUAUCCCCCUUCCGAUAAUUACCCUCUAUGCUACCCAUUGGAAAAUACGUUACAUUUUAAAGAAAUUGAAACACUGUCAAUAGUCUGUAAAACAGGGAUUUCGGAUCCUCCAGCAACUGUUACAUGGAUUGAUGAUAAUGGCCAUGAAAUUAACGACUCAAGUGUGAUAUUGAUCGGCAAUGAAUACGUGGUGACCCAUAAAGAAACCAUGUAUAACUACCACGAUGGUGAUACCUAUUUUUGCUCUGUAUCACAUCCGUUGUGGCCUGAACCACGGAACUGUUCUCUGGGACCGUUAUUUAUCCUCUACCGUCCUCUCACUACUAUAUCAGUACAGAUGACAGAGAAAUAUAUUGAACUAAAUUGUUCGGCUUUUGGAAAUCCGUCCAAGUUCACUUAUGAAUGGACGAUUUAUCGAGGCAACCAGACGAAAACGCAGCAAGACUUUAAGGAAGAAGACAUCCCAAAUAAAUCCAAUUUCCUCACACUACAGAGAUCUAAAUACAAUAGCGUAGAAUUGGUUGUUGAAUGCGCAGCAAGAAAUCCACAAGGAGUCGGAAAAUCAAAUGCAACCAUUCUGUUAUCGUCUGCACAUUGUCGUGGCGGCAAAACAAAGCUGAUUGAUAUUUGUCGCACCGUCUCAGUACCAACUGUUUGUGUAUUGUCAAUAGUCGUUGUAGUCUCGUGGGUAUUAAUUGGAUUUCUAAUUAUGAAAGUAAGAAAAUUGAAAAAGGCAGCAGUCCCUGAGGUAUCCAACGUAAGCUCUAGAGUAGAAAUGACACGUAGUGGAAACAACGGUGUAUAUGUGACACUCACGGAAUCCAUUGACAAUUUGGAUAGAACCUAAUGUUACACGAAUAUUUAUGAAUUUAAAAUUUCAUAAACUGUAAUUACGAAAAUUACUUGUAAAUAUAAGCUGUUCUUGUGCCCUUUUGAAAUUAUGCAUACUUUUUCAUGUUAUUUUAUUUAUUUUGUCAUUAGAAAAACAUACAAUAAGGACAAAAGAAAAUACAGACAAACUGACAGUAAAAAUAGCAAUUGUUAAAAACCCGACGGAGUAACCUAACAAGCGAAGGUUCUCUAAGGUUAAACACAAUAAGUGAAAACACUUAAAAUAUUCGUGAAUACCGUAGUUAAUACCAGGAAAAGUGUACGCUACAGUGCUUUGGAUACAUGUUUAAAACUCUUGGAUUUUUCAGUGUUUUACCAAUUCUCAACAUGUGAAUAAUAUGUAUGAAAUAAUUGCCAUCACUAAUCUUUCCAAACGACCACGUGGUAGAGUGACCACGUGGUAGAGUGACCAUUUAAAAACAAUUAAUAUAGUAUAAAUUAUUUCACCCAUUUGACAUGUUCCUUAAGAUCUCAUUUAGUUUGAAGAUGCUAAAAAAUAAUUUUACGUUUAUUUUGUUUAAUUUCUAACUAGGCUUACGCUUUUAGCUAACGUUUAGGCUCUUGUGUUUUAGAACAUCACAUGUGAUUAGUCAUUUUGUUUGCAGUAAACAUGACAUUACUAAGCAUCAUAUAAUAUAUAUAUAUAUAUAUAUAUAUAUAUAUA